CUCCGUUUUCUUUUAGCUUCUCCACUCGUUUCCCCCUCUGCACAUUUUCUUUGAUUUGCUCUUCCUGAAUACCCGCACAAAAAACAUGGGCAAGCUCAACGUGCAAAAGCUGCGCUACCUGAGCCGGGACGAGUUUCGCGUGCUGACUGCGCUCGAGAUGGGCUCCAAGAACCACGAGGUGGUCCCGACGACCCUCAUCUCCCACAUUGCAGGCCUCAAGCACGGCGGCGCUCGCAAGCUGCUCAUCGAACUCACGCGCCACAAGCUCGUCGCCUACGACAACUCCAAAUACAGCGGAUAUCGUCUGACAUACCCAGGAUACGACUACCUGGCGCUCAAGACCAUGGCCAAUCGCAACAGCCUGAGCUCCGUGGGCAACCAAAUCGGUGUCGGCAAAGAAUCUGACAUUUACAUUGUGGCCAAUGAGGCUGACGAGCAGAUGGCGCUCAAACUUCAACGAUUGGGUCGAGUCUCUUUCCGUAAGGUCAAGGAAAAGCGCGACUAUCUUGGCAAAGCGACGUCGGCGUCUUGGCUCUACCUCUCGCGACUCGCAGCGACCAAAGAGUUUGCCUACAUGAAGGCGUUGUACGACCACGACUUUCCCGUGCCCAAGCCCAUUGACUUUAACCGACACUGCGUCAUCAUGCAGCUCGUGAAUGCCUAUCCUCUCACCCAAGUUCAAGAGGUGGGCGACGUGCCUCGCUUGUACAAUGACUUGAUGAAUCUCAUUGUGCGAUUAGCCUCGUACGGCCUCAUUCACGGCGACUUUAACGAGUUCAAUUUGCUCAUUGACGACGAGCAGCGAGUGACGCUGAUUGAUUUCCCCCAAAUGGUUUCAACAUCACACGAGAAUGCCGAAUACUACUUUGACCGAGACGUGACUUGCAUUCGCGAGUUUUUCGCUCGCAAGUUCCACUACGAGGCGGCCUAUCCUCGCUUCCGGGACCACACCACUCGCGCCGUAAACCUGGACAUUGAUUUGUCUGCUAGUGGGUUUUCCCGCGCUGAUGACGAGCUGCUGCAGCAAGCGUUUGCCGCUCGCGCCGCUGCUCCAUCUGGAGACGAUGACCACCAAGAUGACGACGACGAUGAUGAUGACGACGAAGAGCUCGAUCCCACUCAAUUGGGAAGCGCCAGUGAUGAGGACGACGAUGAGGAUGAUGAAGCGAGCGCCGACAAGACACGAACGGCCUCUUCCUCCUCCUCUGCUGCUGCUGCUGCUGCUGCUGCUGCUGCCGCCACCUCAAGCAGUGCUGCUCCAGUCGAGCGCGUGACCAUCAGUCUCACGGAUGCCAAUGCUGCGGCGAAUAAUGCCAAUGUCCCCGCACACUCCCUCCACCUGUCGAAGCAGUGGCUGAACAGCAUCAGCAAGGACAUGGUCAGCCUGUCCAUGUUGCACGAUGCAGAGGGAGAGCCGAUUCUGGCCAUGCCGCUCCCAGAUGCAGAGCUGCCCGCAGAUGUUGUCGCUGCCAUGGCAGCCGCUACUUUGGCCGCGGCCGCCGCCAGCAGCAGCAGCAGCAGCAGCGAGCCAGCAUCUGCCGAUGCAACAGACCCUGCAGCCGCUCCGCAGCAAGUCGAACCCGUUGCUGCUACCGGCGCGCCACAAAGCCUGGUCGCGCAAGAGGACGAGCAGCUGCCUGAAAAUGGCAACAAGAAUUUCAAACCCUUCCGAAACGGCGCUCCCACGACAGCCCCUGGUCGUGCUGGGCGAGCACCAAGCACAGCCUCCAGCACGCUUUCUGUGGAUCCCGAUCAAAUUCGCGCCCGCGUCAAGCGACAGCUUCACAAGAAGGCCGCCAGCGAAGUGCGAGUCAAGGAUUCCAAGAAUGAUGCUAAAAACCGCGAUCGUCGUCGAACCAAGAUGGAGGCACGGCAGGGCACGGAAGAGGCUGAUUGGUGAUGCAUUUCUGCGUGCUGCGUGCUGGUGACUGUGGAUUGUUAAGUUUUCUCGUUGUUUUUGACUUGUAUUGAACGGGUGUGCUGAAUAACCAAUACAUUCAAGCACAC